AGAGCUCGCCGCGCCGCUCCCCGCUCACAGCCUCCGCGCCUCGCUCCACUCCGACAUGGCAAAAAUGUCCAGCCCUACAGAGACUGAGCGGUGCAUCGAGUCUUUGAUUGCUGUUUUCCAGAGGUAUGCUGGAAAGGACAGUAAUGCCUUCACACUCUCCAAGACUGAGUUCCUAACCUUCAUGAAUACAGAACUGUCUGCCUUCACAAAGAACCAGAAGGACCCUGGUGUCCUUGACCGCAUGAUGAAGAAAUUGGACGUCAACUCUGAUGGGCAGCUAGAUUUCCAAGAAUUUCUUAAUCUUAUUGGUGGCUUGGCGGUAGCUUGCCAUGAUUCCUUUCGCAAGUCCCAGAAGCGUGUCUAAGGAGUCCUUGGAGGUGGCCUCCAGACCAGCCCCUUUCCUUCCAGCUUCCCAGUCACUAUCACCUUCUCACAGACCACACAGACCCUGAGCCCAGCAUACCUACCACCCCAGCAGGCCUCUCCUGGAGCAACACGGCGUGGUAAUAAAGCAUAUUUUUUAAAAUACA